UGGAAACCUGAUUAUUCUUGUAGCAACAGUUAUGUGAUAUCUGAUGGUGUUGUUUAGAGCCCGAAUUAUCCUUAAGCUUUACAGUCUGUACAACAUACUGUAUGUCACCAUUAGAAGCUAGAUUCAUAAAACUUAGCAGGUUGCCAUGUGGUUAAAUGUGAUGAGGUUGGUUGGAAGGUGGAUUUCUUCUCAUUUAAUGGAGCGACUGUUGGAACUCUCCUCUUCCUCGCCCUAUAUUUCCCCACUGUACCUGCUCUUCUUCAUGAAAUGACAAGAUUUUGCUUCACACUCAAGAGUAAAUUGCAUGUUUCGCUCAAAUGUUGCACGAUGCAUGGCUCCAAGGAUUCAUUGAUUAUGAUUGUUUCAAUGUUGUUCUGUCUCUUUUACGUACACUAUGGGAGUAUUUUUUCAGUCUUUUGGUCAAGAAUCUUCCUCCCCACUUCCUGCCAUGGACGCCCUGAGAUCUAUGUGCUACUUUUUGUGUCUCCAGGCUGAGGGAGGGAAAAAAGCCGGGGCGGUGGCCACAGUGGUGGCUGCCGUUGACCUCGCUCGCGUCCGCGUGCACGCGGAGGGCGGGGUAGCUGAAGAGGAGGAGGCUGUAGAGGCGGAGAUAAGGCAGCAGGGUGGAGAAAUGACAGCAGAGAAACACAUUUUUGUAACAGAAACACUGCCUGCUGAACCGCCAGCUGCUGUUACUGUGACCUCAGAGCAACACAGAGUCCAGGUCUCACAGAUUCAGAGAACAACAGAAAUCUCCUCCCAUGUGGACACUGGUGUCUCCCCGUCCCCAGUUCCACAUUUCACAGUUUCUAAAGUUUCUGUUCCUAAACACGAACCUAGCCACGAGGUGUCUAUCGCUGGCUCUGCUAUCGCCACUCUGCAGAAAGAGUUAAGAUCCCCCCAUACUGCCAGAAAGAUCAUCAAGCCCGUCAAGUCUCCCAGUCCGGCUCGCAGAGCAGCCACGGUGGAGGUGCGAGUGACGCCGGAGCCCCUCCCACCGCCAUUUAAAGACAUCCGAUAUCAGAGUCAGUUUGAGUUACAGCCAAGCGGAGGUUACGCAGUGAGUGAGGAGGAGUUUGAGGACUGGGAACCUCAGGUUGGUCCGACCCCGUCGCUGUAGUCCUCUAUUCACUUCCCCCAAUUUAACCCCGUGUGGACUGUCACCAUCCUCUUCACCAUAACGCAGCAGCCAAUCACACGCUGCCCUUCACCCGCCUCAUGAAGAGUCUUCUUCUUCUUCUUCUUCUUCUUCUUCCUGUCUUCACCCGUUGACCUUCAUCCCUCUGUCCUCUCUGCAGGGUUUUUAUCUGUUAUAACCGGCUUCUACCCCUCCAUCCUCACAGAACUCCACUGCUGAGAAACACCUUGCUGUUUUCUGUGUUUGAUGAAGUUUGACACGUAUUGUUGUG